GUGAAAACAGAGUCACCACACGCCAGCGUUGCGGAGCUCACCUUAAUUGCCGUUAAACCUGGUCCUCGGGGAUUUCCAAGGAAAAAGUUGCCGUCUGUUUGGUUCAUCAGUUCUACACAAGUGCCAACGGCCUGUGGGCGUGAUGUUCCGGGCAGACCAGUGAAGUGCUUACUCAGUUCUCUUUUCCGAUUCCCUCUGGAAGCACCAUGCGGUCCAAGCUCCAUUUCGUGGUCAUGGGAACUCUUCCAGCGCUGUUGUUGAUUGGUCGUGUUUGCUGCAAGAACAUUAAUACCUUCGCUGGUCCGUACAUCGUGAACCUCCGUAUGCUGGAGGCAUGCCCAUCUGAUGGAACCCUCGAAAUAAAUGUUCGACCAACCCACUUUAACCCCAGCAGACCUUUCGACCUGCAGCUGUUGACGGGAAAUGUAUCCGUGAAGGAAGACAUAGAAGACCGUUUCUACGCAAACAUCAACGUGGCCGUGUGGGCCAACAACCAGUGGAAGGAAAAUUUCUUCAUCAUGACCUUUCCUCAGUGCGGCUGCACCGCGGCGCGCGAGCAGGCACCCGACGUGUUCCGCAUCAUCGCGGACCACAGCGGGGCGGAGAUGGACAAGAAGAAGCCCUGCCGCAUACCGCCGGGAUUCUACGUCCUGAAAAACGAACCAGUCAAUUUGAACUUUCCCUACUUCAAAGUUAUGCCUUACGGGCGUUACAUGGCUCGGAUAAAAACGCGAUACCGAAACAGCAACGUAACUCGCUUUUGUUUGACAUUCGAUUUCGAGAUGGUACAGAAGCCCUCGUAGCCCGAAGCACAGGAGGCCUCGGCAGAAGA